CCAGCCGAUCGACGAUAGCCAUAGUAAUAUAUCCGGAUACGAUCGAUACGAUGCAAUUCUCUCAAAAUUUGAUGUCGAUGUCAUCCCUCAGCAUGUAAUAGCAAAAAACAUGAUUUAUGCAACGUGUUCAGCAGCUCAURCAAUUUAUCUUAGUUGCGUUACAUCGUAGGAAGAAGAGAAUAGAUUUGGUUCCAAAUGUGGUAAACCUCAGGACAAAGACAACUUAAGCAUAAGUGUUGUGAAUGCAGAUCCAGCAUGAGUAAGCCAGUACCUAAACCACGACCACCACCCAAACCUGAUAUUACUGCCCUGAGUAGCAAACCUCCACUCCGCCCUAAGCCACGACGACCACCACCAGUCCCAAGGAAAGAUAUCAAUAAUGACAAUAACAAGGUUACAAUACCAGAAAGGCCUUUCAAACCAGCUCACUUAAGAAAGAACAAUAGUACAUCAAAUGACAAUGAAGAAGUUCCUGCAGAAACAAAUGAAGACUUGUAUGAUGAUGUCAUAGUGGAAAGUAAAGGAAGUGGAAGUGACGAGGAGAAUGUCUAUGAUGAUCUCAUCUUUGAUGACAGUGACAAGAUAGGUGAUAUUAGUAACAAGCCACCUCCCCCAAGAAAACCUCUUCCUUCACUUCCAGUCAAGACAGAAUCUCCAGAAAAACUUAUAAAAGAUGGCUUAACUGUGAGACCUAUUCCCACAUCAAGAACAUCCCCACAAGCCUCCCCAGUACGUUCUCCUAAGGAUAAUAGGAGYCCUAGGUCAGAUUUUGGURUUACAGAAGAGACAGYGACGGCAGAAGAUGGCAAAAAUAAUGAGCAAACUUAUCUCACUAAUGAACGACCCAAACCUCAAAAGCCGCCCAAACCAGUGUGGCUUCAAGCUAAUUCUAAACUCAAUAAAAGCUCUGGUGAAGGUACAGCAAUAGAGGAGCAAGCCAACUCUGUUGAAAAUGAAUUAUAUUCUGAUAAAGUGAUAUUUAACRAAGUCAGUUCAUGUACAGGAGAUCAGCCAAGUGAUAAGUCCCCAGUAAGACCAAUAAAGAAACGCAUUGCAACACGACGACAAAACCCUGGAAAAACUAAUGUUAUUCCUAUAGAAGAGAUGAAACGAAGGCCCCCUCCCCCUCCUCCAGAGGCAGAAGAAGGCAGUCCACCAAAGAGAGGAGGUUCACUUAAGGGUCCCUCAGUACCACGUGAUCGGUUAUCAGUCAGUGAUGACUUGCCCAAAGCAAGGUCUACAGAGAACAUAUCUAAAACAGCAGAAGAGCAAUCUCUAUAUUCGUAUGCAUAUGAACACACAUUUGUACCAACCCCACUCCAACCUCCAGUGAACAAGUCAUCAGAAAAUAUUAGUGCAGAAGUAGAAGAUGCUUCAUAUGUCGAGCCAGACUCUGCAACUGUUGCUGGGUUCAUGGAAGCAAUCAACAACAAAGAUGGAUGUGUUUCUGAUGGGACUUACGAAAUCCCAGAAAGAGAGAUUYAUGAUGAAGAUCCAGAUAAGUCAAGUUCUGACAGUGAACAUGAUUAUGAGGAUCCAUGUGACUCUCCUCCACCAGUUCCCUCACGACAUUGUGGCAGCUAUGACAUCACAUCACCCAAUGAAUGGGAUGAGGAUGAAGAUGAGGAUGAAGAUGAGGAAGAAGAUGAGGAAGAAGAUGGGGAAGGUGACUAUGUAGAACCUCCCGAUGCUAUGGAAGAUUUUGAUAUGUUAUUAGAUGAUGAAACAAGUGGAGAAGAGCCAUUAUACCAAGUGUACACAGCAAGAACUUUACAGCGUGACAGAACCUUAAGCAGAAAGAGAACAGACUCAGAUCAAAACGAUCCAAGCCUUGAGGAUAUCACCAAAGGAACACUUAGAAACAUGAGAAUGUUAUGGUGUGAGCUUCCAGAGGUUCUGUCUAGUGGUAUUCUCAAAGCAAUUGAUGCAAAUGAACGCAAAAGACAAGAGGCAAUGUUUGAGGUCAUAACAUCAGAAGCUUCCUAUCUCAAAAGCUUAAAAAUUCUUAAAGACCAUUUCAUCAGCUCACCUGAACUGACACCUGGGACACCACAAAGUGUAAUAGAAAAGGCUCAACAUCAUACUUUGUUUUCCAAUGUUGACACAGUGGUAGAAAUGAGCCAAAUGUACUUAGAUACUUUACGUCAGCGAAGCAAAGAAUCUCUGGUUGUGUCCUCAAUAAGUGACAUCAUCCUUGAAUUUGCUUCCAAACAUUUUGAUGUUUAUGUCAAAUAUUGUUCUAACCAAAUUCAUCAAGACAGAGUUCUGAAAGAUUUAAGAAAGUCACCACGAUACUUGGAAGGUAUAGAGAAAUUAGAAAAGAGUGCUGCUGCUCAAUGUCUUAGUUUGCAAUCAUUCUUGGUUCUUCCGAUGCAAAGAAUUACCAGGCUACCACUGCUUGUUGAUGCUAUUUGUCAUCGUUGUGAAGCAGGGAGUGAAGAAUUCAUGAAAACUGAUGCAGCCCUUAAAGCUGUUCAUAAGGUUGUUCGCGACUGCAAUGAAGGAGCCCGUAAGAUGGAACGUAUGGAAGAAAUGCUUGCACUCCGUCCACAGAUUGAAUUUACAGGCAAACCUAUUGCAUUAGUUUCAUCAAACAGAUGGCUUCUUCGUCGUGGUGAGGUAGUGCUGGUGAUUGAACAGCUUAAAUCCCCAAUCAGUAAAAAGAAGCUUAAGUUAAAACCAGUGUACAUGUUCCUCUUCAAUGACCUGUUGCUCAUAACCAAGAAAAAGGGUGAAAGUCGUUACAGAGUUCUAGACUAUGCCUUUCGUAACAUGACCAAAGUAGAAGAAUCCACAGACACUUCAAUUCAGCUGGAACACAUGCUUUCACUAAUCUUGCUAGAGAAUUGUAACAACAAAACUAAAGACUUCUUGUUAUGUGCCGAAAGCGAAACUGAUAAAACACGAUGGCUCGAGGCAUUUAAUCCUCCAAAAGCUGAAAGAGAAGGGGAAAAAGUAUAUGGGGACUGGGACUGUCCUCAAGUACAAGCURUUCACAAUUAUACUCCACAACAACCUGAUGAAUUAGCAUUGCAUGAGGGUGAUGUCAUUAAUGUGCAACGCAAACUGCCUGAUGGCUGGCAUUAUGGUGAAAGACUUUGUGAUGGGAUUUGUGGUUGGUUUCCUGCUAAUUAUACAGAAAGCAUUCUCAAUGAACAUGUGCGCGCUCGUAAUUUAUUACAGAGGUAUCGCUUGUUAGCUGCCUCCAAGCAUCUGAUUGGUGCYGUUCAAACAAUGAAAACACCCAAAACAUCUAAGCUGACCUUGAAGAGCAUAUCAGCAACACUACAAGAAAGAAAGAGGGAGACUGUAAGCUAGUAAUUUGGAAUACCUGAAAAUAUUUUUAAUCAUUUGAACUUGAGAGUGUGUUCUCGUAUGAAUUUUAUAUUUUACACAACAAAAGUUUGCUAAAUUGAAAUAUUUUUGAAAUCCAAUGAUGCCUGCACAAGUACAAAAAUAUUUAUCUAAAAUACAACAGAACAAACAAAAUCAUCAAAAUGAGACAGCAUCCACACAGCACACAUAUUAAACUUUCAAAUGUUGAACUAAAUGUUGAACUAUAGUCAAUUCAAUGUACUGCAAACAAUAUAGACUAUUAGAUAUUAUGUAUAUUGAAUAUGCUAAUAGGUGUGGUGGAACAAAGUUUGUUCUAGAGACUACCUAUUCUUAUUUUUAAUUAAUCUAUGAAUGUUUCUAUAUAUACAUGUUUCUAUACAAUGCAGUACAAUCUUACAUAAUAUAUCAAAAUUACAAUAUCAAUACAAUAUUUGCAAAAUUAUGUAGUCAACUGGACACUGAGCAGAAUAUUUCAGUUAAAAUGAUGCAGGCUUUAUUCAUACGUGAUUGUGAUUGUAAAUAAAACACAAAAAAGCACCAUGUACAAAGUAUUUUUACAAAUAAAAGUUUUGACUAGAAUA